AUGCCUGGAAUGGGCCCCGCCGCCUCUGGAAUGGACCCCGGGGACUCCGGCAGCCGCAGAGAAGCGACUUCCCGGGGACCCCACGGAGUCCCAGUCAGUGUUGGGCUUUGGCCCCGAGGCCCUUGCCCGACGCGCGGCUCCCCCGGGGGCAGCAAGCGCACGGACGGCCAGGAGGAGGCCUCCGUCGCCCCCAUGCCGCUGCCGGAAGACCUCAGGCGGCGGCUGGCGGGCGCCUUCCAGCUGGCUGUGCCGCGAGGGGGCUCCCGGCGCCCCCCGGCGGAGGCGGAAGCCGAGGCGCAGGAGGAGCAGAGCCCGAGCGUCUAGAGCGCCCGGGCCGGGCUGCAAGCCGAGCUGCUGGAAAUGCAUUUCCAAAACCACCAGCUGGCCAGAACUUUCCUGGAUUUAAACAGGAAAAGGUCGCAGUUGAAAAGGUAUGAACUGUAAAUUGUAUCCGAAUCUCAAAGCCCUGAGGAGAACGUUGUGACUCUGAAAGAAGAAUAUGCACACUUGAAGAUCUGAACCUGAAAAGUAACACGACUCCAAAACAAUUCUGCCGCUUUGAGAGAAAGGAGAGAGAAAAUGGUGUGUUAUCAAGUUUAAAAGUUAUAUAUUCAUAGUUUUGACUGGGAAAUAGAAAUGCAAGAAAAAUAUAUUGAAGAAUGCCUAAGGCCAAUUUCUAGCAUUCUGUCUUGUGCCACCUCAACUUUCUGUCGUUACCUGAACUUUUAGAAUCCAUGCAAGUUUUUGUUUUACUUGAUUAUUCUUGGUUUGUCUGUCCAGUUAGCUCUCAGUAUCUUCCCCUGCCUCUUUAUUUGAUAAUUAUGUCCACCUAGAUUCUAACCAUACCCUUAGGGUAGAGUCUGUCAAUACAGAUGCCCCACCUCCCUGGAUAGAGUCACUCAGAUCAAGGCAGAUUGAUCAGCUUGUCCUAGGAGCUUUUGAAGUAAAACAAAAGAAGUGGAUGAGUAUUGCCUGAUGGUAGAGGCCAUGGGGUGGGGGGCUUGGAGGCUGCUGGUGACCACCAUGUGAGAAAGUGCCAGCUCUAGUGAAGGAGGUUGAAACUGAACCAGAGUGCACAAAAGUGAGGGAAAGAGCCAAUUUUCCUUGUCCCUGGGGUUGAGCUGCAUAAAAUCCCAGCCCUGAAUCCCACAUGAAAAUACUGUGAUAUCCUCCCAAUAAAAUCUCCUUUGGCCUAA